CAAUUGCAUCAAUAUAUUGGUUAAUAUUAUUUUUUCCACACAUUUGGUGCAUAACACUAACAUCUACUAGCCAAAAGAACCCUUAAAAAUAUGUCAUCUUCAUCAGCGGAAUCGAAAAUGGCCUUAGCCAAGACUGUAUUAUCGACAAUAGGCUCUGUUGCUGCGACAACCAUGUUGGUUCGUUCGAUAUUCCAUGACUACAUCCCUCAGGAAAUCCAUGAAUAUCUCUUCUUUGGACUUAGAAAAAUGUUCACCAAGUUCUCAAAUCAGCUAACAAUGGUAAUUGACGAAUUUGAUGGUCUUGUUAAUAAUGAAAUUUAUGAAGCUGCUGAGACCUAUUUGGGCAACAAGUUAUCACCUAACAUUCAUCGACUUAAAAUCAGUAAGCCUGAGAAGGAAAAGAAUUUCAACAUCGCUAUGGAACGUAAUGAGGAGGUGACAGAUGUUUAUAAUGGACAAACAUUCAAGUGGAUUUGGCUCUGUAGACAAACACAAUCUACAAAUUUCUAUAAUUCCAUGGACAUGAAUUCCACUCUAAAAUCUGAAAUCAGGUCCUUUGAGCUGACAUUUCACAAGAAAAACAAGGACCUUGUACUUAAUUCGUAUUUGCCUCACAUAAUGAAAGAAGCAAAAUUGCAAAAACACGUAAACAAGACGAUCAAGAUUCACACUGUGGAUUGUGAGAGAAUGUACAAUUUACACGAAAUGUGGAAGCCGGUGAAUCUUAAUCAUCCAGCCACUUUUGAGACAAUCGCGAUGGAAUCAGAUCAAAAAGACAUGAUCUUAAAGGAUUUGGAGAGAUUCGUGAAGAGGAAAGAUUAUUAUAGGAAAGUUGGCAAGGCAUGGAAAAGAGGAUAUUUGUUGUUUGGUCCUCCAGGGACUGGGAAAUCUAGUUUGAUUGCUGCAAUGGCGAAUUAUUUGAACUUUGAUAUAUAUGAUUUGGAGUUGACCUCGCUGAGGGGGAACUUAGAGUUACGAAGGUUGUUGGUUGCUACAGCCAAUAAAUCCAUUUUGGUGGUGGAGGACAUUGAUUGUACCAUCGACUUGCAAGAUAACUUGGCUAAUCGAGCUACUUAUGUUCAUUCAAUUAAUGGUUUUCAUAUGCAAGAACACAAGGUUACAUUAUCAGGUUUACUGAAUUUUAUUGAUGGAUUAUGGUCGAGUUGUGGAGACGAAAGAAUCAUAAUUUUCACAACAAAUCACAUAGAGAAACUCGAUCCUGCAUUGUUACGACCUGGUAGAAUGGACAUGCACAUUCACAUGACAUAUUGCACACCUUGUGGAUUCAAACUUCUUGCUAACAAUUACUUAGGGAUUAAAGAUCAUAAAUUGUUCAAAGAAAUUGAAGAAUUGAUUGAUAUAGCCAAUGUGACACCAGCAGAAGUGGCAGAGCAAUUGUUGAAGGAAGAUGAAGUUGAGAAUUCACUUAAAGGGUUGAUUAAUUUUCUUUACAAAAAGAUAAAAGAGAAUGAAGAGGAAAAGGCUAGAAAAAUGGAAAUAACACAACUGGAAUUUGUUGAUGAGAAGAAGGAAAAUGUUGAAAAUGAGAUUAAAGAAAAGUAAUUACCAAAUGGGGAAACUACUUAAAAAAAAGUUUGUCUAAUCUAUUUAUCUAAUAAAUUGUACAAUAUUAUACGACAACUAUACUGAGACAAUCCCUAUCACUCAAUCAUGAUUAUAACAUAAUUUAUAUACUUUUA